UCCAGCUGUCAAACUCGUGUGCUUUUCAUAAAAUAACCUCAAAAUUAAGAGGAUCAGGAUGCUUUGCUGCAUAAAUCCAAACAAUAUGUAAUUUGGUAUACUUCUUAUUUACUUUGAGCGAAAAUUAUCAAAGAAUUACGCGUUACGUUUGUUUAUUAUUGUAAAGAAACGCAUGUACGAUGGGUAAGCGUAAAGGAAAAUGCGCGAAGAAAAACAGCACGACCAAGCAAAGCUUGGAGCCCGAGAACCUGGUGAAGUCGCCUCACUCGUUCGUGAUCCACCGCGGGCACUGCGGCAAGGACCUCAUCGACCUUACCAAGGACUUCCGCAAGAUCAUGGAGCCCUUCACAGCGUCACAGCUUAAAGAAAGGAAAAAGAACACAAUCAAGGACUUUCUGUCGGUGUCGGGCUACCUGCACGUCUCACACAUGAUGGUGUUCACGGAGACUGAAGCGGGGUCUUACAUGAGGCUCGCGCGGCUGCCGCGCGGGCCGACACUCACCUUCAAAAUACAUAAUUACAGCCUGGCGCGCGACGUGGUGUCAUCUCUCCGCAAGCAGUAUGUCAUGAUGAAAGCGUUCCAGCACGCGCCGCUCAUCGUGCUCAACUCCUUCUCAGGCGAGGGCCAGCACAUGAAGCUCAUGGCCACCAUGUUCCAGAACAUGUUCCCCACCAUCAACAUCACCACCGUGAAGUUAAAGAACAUCCGGCGCUGCGUGCUGAUGAACUACAACCCGUCCACCAAGGUCAUCGACCUGCGCCACUACGUCAUCCGCGCCACGCCCGUCGGGCUCAACAAGGGCACCAAAAAGGUGGUUCAAGGCAAAAUACCAAAUUUAAAUCGAUGCAAAGACAUGUCGGAAUUCUUUGACAAAGCGGCCCUGCUCUCGGAGAGCGAGUUUGAGGACGACCCGGCGUCGCAGGUGCUGCUGCCGCAGGCGCUCGCCUCGCGCGGCGCCGCGCAGGACUCCAAGUCCGCCCUCAGGCUCUACGAGCUCGGGCCCAGGAUAUCGCUGCAGCUCAUCAAGGUGGAGGACGGGCUGCUGGACGGCGAGGUGCUGUUCCACGAGCUGGUGGAGAAGACGGACGAGGAGAAGGCGGCCAUCAAGAGGAAGAGGGACGCCAAGAAGAGGCAGAAGGAGAGCCGCCGCGCGCAGCAGGAGCACAACGUCAAGAGGAAACAGCGAGAGAAGGAGGAGCUGAAACAGAAGGCGCUAGAAGGGAUCAAGAAGAAGCGGGAGGUGACGGAGAGCCAGCGCCUCAUGCAGCUCGCCGACGCGGAGUCGCGCGCCGCGGCCGACGACGACGGCGACCACGACGACGACGCGCAGUACUACCGCGAGGCCGUCGGCGCAGAGCCUGAACAAGAUUUGUUCAGUGCGCCGCGGAAACGGAAGGCCGGCGACGACUCCGUGCGCGGCUUCAAGAAGAUGAGGCUCGACAAGAAACUGCACAAGAAAUACGACCCCGGCCAGAAGGGCGGCUCGCAGAACAGAGAUGGACGCUUCCAGAGUAAAGACAGGCAGUUCCCAAAUAAAGAAGGCGGUAAAAAGUUCCACAGAAAUAAAGACGACAGAGAAGGCGGCGGGAAAUUCCACAACAAGAGAGAGGGGUUCCAAAACAGGGACGGCGGAAGGAAAUUCAACAAAAACCAGGACGGGAGGAACUUCCAGGGAAACAAGGGCAAAGGGAGGGACAAGAGCUUUAACAGACCGAAGAAGGUGUUUGGCGGGAAGAUGAAUAAGUUCAAGUCUGGGAAACAGGGCAACAAGGGGCGGAAAUGACAAUAAAUGGAUGGUGUAGUCGU